CUCACACUGUGUUGUGUCCCAGGGCUCCAAGAUGCGUUUCCUGGACACCAUGAGCAUGCACAUGGCCAUCUCAGGGCUGACGGGCUUCCAGCGCAGCCUCUGGAUGGCUGCCAAGCACGGCAAGAGGAAGGGGCUGCAGCAGGUCAAGGAGCACAUGAAGAAAAUGCGCAGCAAGGCAGAGGGGCCAGCGAUCACCUCGUGGGACUGGGUGCACGUCAGCAGCAUCAACAACCUGGCCGAUGUGCACGCGCUGUACGUCGGGGGGGAGCCGCUGGAGAAGGAGGCACGGGAGCUGUUUCUGAAGGGCACCAUGGCUGACGUCAGGAGUAACUUCCAGGACCUGAUGUCAUACUGUGCCCGUGAUGUCCAGGCCACCCAUGAGGUGUUUCAAGAGCAGCUGCCACUGUUUAUGGAGAGGUGAGAGCUGCAGGGCUCUGGCUGGUUUUGGCCGUGAGGGUGUGGGCUUGGUGGGUAGUGGGGAGGGUCUCUCUGGGCAUGAGAUGUAGCUUCUCUUGUUCUUAGGGUGUCCUGAAGCUCUUUUCAGGAGGGAUGUCAGACCCCUCCCAUGUAGGUGAGCAGGAAUAAACAGCAGCACAGUGGCUGAGGGAGGUGAGCAGGCUUCCUGAGGCAGUCGGGAGCGAUACAUUUUUGGGGUCAUUGCACAGGGUAGGCAGAAGAUACAGGGAU